AAGGCUGACUUGUGGGGGGAGGGGGGGGAAGCGAAAGUGCCUCGCGCCACAGGAGCUACAGCCUUGGAACCGUCGGCGAGGGAAGCGGCCGGAGAGUUUGCAGGACAAAGAGCCGCCAAGAGUCUUCGAGGGGGGCUCGAGUCGAGUCACAAGAAGGGCGGCGAGGCGCACCCUGCAAAAUGCGAAGGAAAUGGGACGCCUCCGGCCAAGGAGCAGCCGGGAACUCGCCGCAGCUGCGGCAGGCACAGCAGCAGCCGAGGUAAUCGGAGGCCGGGAGAUGCGGCGGCUGCGGGCAACGCGGCGCCUGGCCGGCUUCCAGAGGUGGGCAGCGUGUGGAUCGGUGACGGAGGCACGUGGGUUUCCUCCGAAGACGAUCCGGGCUUCAGGAUGAGGAGACGACGGCAGCGGCGUUUCUGAGGCGAUCCGAAGAGCGGCCGGCCGGAGGGGUCUCUUCCUUUCCCCACCUCCCGAGCAGAAGCAGCAUUUCCCCCGCCUUCGCUCCGUAGAAACUGGGCGGCUUCGGGAGUAUCUGAGCGCCUCUUCUUGAGAUUAGUUGGGCGUCACGGCACAGCCACGUGCGGGGGGACAGCCGGAGCGGCGGCGGAAGAAAUCGGACUUCUCGCUGCGGGAACACACCGGAGAGGAGCCGCUUCCUCCUCUUCUUCCUGCACCUUUUCCAGUCUGCGGCUCUCCUCGAGCCAGCGCCUUCCCGUAGCACCGGCGCCUGUUGGGGCGCCAGCUCAGAGCUGGGCAAUAAAACCCGGUGCUCAGAAAACGGCGCGGAGCUGAGAGACGAAGGAAACGCGAGCCGGGGUGAAGGCCGCGGGGGGGGAGGUGGGGAGGGGGCGAAGACUUCGCCCAAUUUUGUCUCUCUCAUCUGAUAUCCUGCACUCCGACCGUUUGCAAAGAGGAGCGGAAAGGCGGCAAGACGACCCGGGCUGCCUCAUUCCCCUUCUUCGGAAAGGUUUAAAGAGCUGCAAAGGCGGACUAGCGCUCGACGCGGCCGGUUUUCCUGCUCGCCUGCCGUGCGGGGCGGGGGGAAGGGAAACCUUGCAAGGAGGGGCGCUGCACUGGAGUAGGAGGAAGAGAUGUCUAAAGCCCGAGGCAGAGCUGUGCUUAUUCUGAGCCUCUUGUUUCUGACAACUUCCCUUGCUGCCGUACAAGGGCUACCCUUGAAGAAACAGCGCGGACCCCACCCGAAAGAAACGGACUAUACCUUGGUGGAGAUUGCCACAUCACCUGAUGUCCCUUCAUUCAAAGAAGAAAUGCCACAGUCACACAGGAUGCAGAACUUGAGGCUGAAUGGACAGGUGAUACCAGAUCAACACAAACAUCAUUGGCCAUUACAACAGGCUUCAAGGAACCAGUUGGCAUCACUCCAACCUGCAGAAAUACUCCCAGAAGAGAAAACACCUUUUGUGCUGGACUUACAAAGCCUGACAGGCUUAGCCAAUGUGGAUCUGAAUGCCCAGAAUCCAAACAUUCAGGUGACCAUUGAGGUGGUGAAUGAUCCUCAAGCAGAGAUGGAGAUGGACUUGCUGAAGGAGACUAGCAAUGACUGGUCCCUGUCUUCCUCUGACUGGUUAUCUCAUAAAGACCUCUUUUGGCCUCUUUUCUGGGAAUACACAGAUCCCAUAGAGGAUGGUGAUGACAAUUUGAACAUAAAGAGCAGGGAUGAAGAAGAGGAGGAGGAAGAGGAAGAUUAUACAUCGGAGUAUGAUGAAGAAGAAAUAGUACUGAGUGGAGUGGGGGGAAAUUGGCAUCAGAGGUGGCCUAAUCGAAAGAAUUGGAUCUUAAAAGAGAAAUACAACUAUGAUUAUGAAGAUGAAGAGGACUGGAGUCCUUGGUCUUCCUGCAGUGUAACCUGUAGCAAUGGCCAUCAGAAGAGAACCCGAUCUUGUGGUUAUGCAUGCACAGCCACAGAAUCAAGAACUUGUGAACUGCAGUACUGUCCUGGAGAAGUUGGGGAAUUGGCUUCUACCACUGAAGAGACACCAUCUGAAGCUGAAAAUGCCACGGAGAUUCUAAAUGCAGAUGUGGAUAGUUGUGAGAAAUGGCUUAAUUGCAAGAGUGAUUUCCUCAACAAAUACCUAAGCAAAGUGCUUUCAGACCUACCCAACUGUCCCUGCUCUUACCCUUUAGAAGCUGUUUAUAAUGCUGUAAACUUGCAAGAUGAGCAGAAGGGCAAGAACUUCCGAUGGCAGGAUGCCAGUGGGCCAAAGGAGCGAUUGGACAUUUACAAACCCACAGCCCGUUUCUGCUUGCGUUCCAUGCUGUCCCUGGACAGCACCACUCUAGGCGCCCAACACUGUUGCUAUGAUGAGAACACCAAGCUCAUUACCCGAGGCAAGGGAGCAGGAGCACCCAACCUCAUAAGCACAGAGUUCUCUCCUGAGUUACACUACAAGGUGGACAUGCUGCCUUGGAUCCUCUGCAAAGGGGACUGGAGUCGAUACCAUGCUGUGCGGCCUCCCAAUAAUGGGCAGCAGUGUGCUGUCAACCCUUCAGAGGAUGAAUACCUUUCUCAACUGCAGGAGGCCAGAGAAUAUUAAUAUAGCAACCAAAAGGAGGAGCUGAGGAAAUCAGGACACCUUUCUGUCUCCCCAGCUCAACAACAUAACAUGUAUUGUUUCUUCAACCUUGCCCCUAUAUUUAUGUCAAAGGUCUCUGCAACUUCAGAAUUAUAUAUUAUUUUUUUAUCACCUUAGUAACAAGGUAAGUUUAUACGGCAGCUUAAGCAAUCUCCUCAGAGGUUCCAGCCCUGACUUCUCUAUAACAACCUCUGCUUUCUUUUCUGUCUUUUCUUAACACUCAGAAGUUACUCCAAGUUGACUGACUUUCAGGGGCAUUUUAGAAGCCUAGCAAUUUGUCUGGAGGGAUUUUGGACAAGGGUUUUAAGAGGAUAUCUUGAUUCGUUUGCUAUUAUGUUUGCCAUGUCUUACAAUGCAGGUUGUGAAUUCCUUUUGCAUAAAUCUGAUGGGUACUCAUGGUGAAUGAAAGUCCAGAAAUAGAUUAAUAUCCCUGAAUUAUGAAUUUAGGUAAAAGGAAACUUUGUUAAGAGUCUUUGUGGAGAGAAGAGUCUGGAUGUACUCUUACGUAAUUUUGGCACAAUCCUAGGAAAGAAAAUAGAAUGCACCAUCUUGGUAUGUUACCAUUCCAUACAUUUAAGAGAAAAAUGGAAGAUGGGGUGGAGAUGUUAGAAGGUGAGGAAUGCAAGUUCCAGGACGGAUAUGAAACAUGUCUUACUAAGUGGAGAUGAGGCUAACCUGCAUCCAAGGCUGAUGGAACAAACCGAAUCCAAUUUCUAUCGAGCUGAAUAGAUAACAUUUUGGAUUGUGUAAUCCUCACCCUCCCCAACCCUACUCUGAAUUAUGCUACAGGUAUAUGUGAAAGAAUCCAGCUGCCUUGAGAAAGUACAUGUAACAUUAGUCUGGCUUUCCCUACCAAAUGUGCAUCUCUCCAUAUUUUCUGUCUAUUGGGACAAAAGCUGGGAACUCCAAGUAAUGUAUUCUUAACUUUUCUACAAGACAUUAGAUUAGGAAAGUCUUUCCUACACCAUGUCCUUGAACACCUCUCAGGGUGAUGGAAGGGAAGACUGUACUUCAAGACCAACAUGUUCCUGCUGGCAGAGCUUUGUGGUUGUGCUGGGCAGAUGGUCCUUGGCAAAAUCUGUAUCUAUGCUUACGCAUUUUGUACUGAAUCCUGUCAGCUACUAAUCCAGUCAAAUCUCUUUACUGCUGCUGCUAACAGCAUAUGAUAACACUACCUCAGCAGAAGUCACCAUUCUGCAUACAGAGUCCUGACCCAAUUUCUCCUGAAAGUGCCUGAUAUCCCAUAAACCAUUGUACCAAGAGAGGUUUCUGGUCUCUCUUACAGCUACAACUGAAAGGGCCACACAGUCAUAAAACCCAGCAACUGGAUAGGAAGAGAACUCCUGAAGUAUGUUGGUAAUCCAACUGAAACUCAGAUGAUCACCAGCUUCCAAAAGCCUCCUCCAUGUCCCCUGGAAGGCCUGCCUGCAGAGACUUGGGCUGCAAUGCUAGGGAAAACACUACUUUCAUGCCAGAAUACCUUAAACUGGCUUCAGUUGCCUCAGCAGUAGGCUAAUAAUGAGAUGGUUACGUUGUGAAAUUAUGUUGAGUAACAGUUAACUAAUCAUUUUCGUGCCACUGCAAAUAGGGCAUACUGUUGAGGUCUUCCUGACAUCAACAACUUUUUCCUCAAUUUAAGACAGAAAUGAGGUAUAAAGGAAAGGGAGAGAAAAAGAAGCAAAGGAAAAGUGACAAUACUGCAAGCUGCAUUUGUUCCAAAAUAAUCGCUACCAGUUCUGGUUCCUGUUUCUGCUGCCACCCUCUGUGCUGGCAAUGUUUCUCCCUACCACACUCCCAUUGCAUCUGCUCUGCCAAUCCUUGCCCAACAUUGUGAUGUUUCCACAAUCUGUGCAGAAAAUAAGUUGCCAGAGAAAAGGCAUCUCCAAAAUCUAACUACUAGGUCAGUCCAAUCAAAACAGCCUGUGAGAAGAAAAAUAUGCUUGUGGAAAGCUUUUUGGGGGGAGGGGAAAAUGAAAAAGAAAAAGACUUAGAUUCCCUAGCUGCAAUAAAGCCCCCAAGAGUAUUAAAACAAUCCAGAGAAACACAUGCAAGUAACGCAAGGCACAUUCCUGUCUUGAACACACAGCUGUGUUUGUCUGACUCAUGACCUAUCCCCAUCAUCUAAGCCAGAUGGGAUAUCAGAACAUAUAAACCGCACUGUUGGGCACAUUACUUAUUUGUAUUGGGGAAUAAGCAUGUAUCUUAAGAAUUUUAGGGUACAAAUCUCUGCUGGGUUUUUCUCCUUAUUUGGAAUAAUUGUUGGUUGUAAAUACUAAAAAGUGGAGCGACUAUAAGCAGGCCUGACCUGUCUGUGUACAUCUUUAGCCUUUGCAGUCAACCAAUCCUAAGGAGACGUUCAGUGACAACUGAAUGUAAUAGUAAGUUUUAUCACAGAGAACCUGGAUCUCCCAGCCAUUCUAUAGCUCAACUCAAUUUCAUGCAGGAUUAAGUAAGGAGGUCUCUCUAGCUACCCCAUUUUAAGUUAGGUUAGGAUGCUUGCAUAACGGGGUUAAGCAAGGAAAGGCACCUUAACUUAACUGGGGUAUUUUGGAUUACAAUUGUCCUCCCAUACUGUAAGAGGUUUUGGUAUUUAUACUUCAUAGUGAUUCUGCUCCUGUUCCAGUUAAGAUUGUUUUCAACGACAGUUUCUAGUUUAGGGCUCCUUUUUUUGGUAGAAAAGGGUGGGAUAAGCAAUAUUAAUUACAUAUAGUAUCUGUUGGUUUCUGAGCUUGUGAGGAGAAAAACAUUUCCGAAUGAUAUUCUGAUUUGUUUGGUUUUUUCCCAGUGGGAUUUUGUCUUCUUUUGAGGCAAUGCGGUUAUUUUCACACCGGCAAAAAGAGGAAAGUUAACGUUUGGAAUAUUUGAUGUCAAUUAAGAUGUCACUGGAAGUUUUAACAUCUAAGUUAUUCAUAUUUUGGGCCUUUCUUUAGUUAAAAGAAACCCAAUAUUUUGUAUAAAUAAAUUAUAAAAAACACCUAUAUUAAUUAGUUUGACAUAAUUUAUUAUGCAAAUAUAUCAGACAACAAAGCCUUCUUUAUUAUGACUUUUUCUCUUCUAAAUUGUGAUUUUUACUACAUAUUGCUUUUAAAAAAAACAAUGUUUCAGAUUUAGUACCAAUUAGCAAGUUUCAUCCACUCCGAGAAUAUCACCCUUGCACAGUAGAUGUUCACAUUAUAUGCAUGUUAAUAUGUACCCUAAUUUGCUCUCUGCAGUAUCUAUCAUGCCAGCUCCUUGGAUUGCUGCUGUUUUUCUCCCCUGAGGUCACUGCUUGUUAAAUGUUGCUUUAUUGGUGCAUUGUUGCUGUCAAUGUUGUUUGCUUUCAUUAUUGUUUUUGCAAAAACUGGAUAGAACUUUUGGGAAAACCAAAAGCUCUUUUUCCCCUUAAAGACUUAGCUGGUGCUGAUGAACCAUCUGCAUAUUGCUGGAAUGGGAUGGUACCCACAUGACCUCUAGUGUACAAAUAAGGAACUGUGGAAAUGUUGGGUGAACGAUUGAACCCAAAUCUUGAUUGAGACAGGGAAACAUUGCUUAUUACCGUAGCUACUUAAUUAUUAUCAGGUAUUUAUCUCCAAUUAGAAAAUUUGCUGCAUUAAACUAUGCAAUUGUUGUGGCAAAGAUGUAGCAUCAGGUCCAUUGAGAAAACAAGGCCUCUGUUCUAUUUGUUGUUCUAUUUGUUCUAGAUAGGUUUGUUAUUGCGUGUAAACCUGCAUCUCUCAAAAAUAGCAAUAGGAGUAGAUUUACUUAGGGCUCAUAACUAAGCUUGUAGUUAUAAAAUAUAUAACUUGCAGUAUCUCGUUUGCAAAUAAAACUCAAUUAAAAAUUAAAACCAAAUAAUUCCUCGGCACCAUAUAAACAUAUCAACCUGGUUCAGCAAAAUAAAUGUCAGUAUUUUAAAUUGUCAAGAAGAUGACCAACUGCUGUUAUUCCAGUGCUGUAGUGGAAGAUAUAUGUGUAUGCCAACUGACAAAAACCUGCAAAUUCAUUGUCAUUUUUUUUUGCUACCACCAAGUAGUUAGGGGACCAUAGGUAGACUGUCUCUUUUCAUGUCUCCAAUCAAAUAACAUGUCUUUUGCUUCCACAACAGUAUAUUUGGCUUCAUAGUCACUGAUAUUUUAGUUUGAAUAUUCAUCUCCCAAGUUUCAGAAGUUGUCAGCAGUUGGUUCAUUAAGUUUCUGCUUGUCAUUUUCCAUUAUAUUCCAUUUCCCUCCCAUUCUGUUGGAUUAAUUUCUGAUGUCAUUACUCCUUCAAUCCUCACUGAAACUUGCUAUCUGUUUUACUUUGUUUCAUUUUAGGGUCUUCUGGGUUUUCUUCAUCUUUCUUUUUUUUGAUUUCAUUGUUUCCUUCUCCAACAUAUAAAAUAGUAAUACAGUAACAAGAGCAUCAUAUGACACAAUGUCAUAAAAAAUACUGCAAUAGAUUAUGCUGCUAUUUUUCUGGAACUUGAUAUGCAAGAAGAGAAAUCUGAGAAUGAGACAUAUAGAUGUCUAAACUCAAGCUCAGAGCAUCCAAGUUUAAACUAUAUAUCAAGGAGAUCAUUCUUGAUCCACAGGUCCACACAUCCUUUUGUUGACUUAGUGUUUAAAUGGUAAGGAUCACGUAGCUGCUGCAUUUUCUAUUACUUAAGCUUUUUUUCCUGUUGACAAUGACCUUAUGUUUGUCACAUCAAAAUUAGACCAGCUUGUAGACAAGAGAUCAUUGUAAUUUGAAUGAGAAAAAAAGCCCGAGGAAGGCUCCAGAAACUAUUUAAAUAACCUGCUUGGCUUAUUAUUCCAAAGGAGGUAUUAAUGAUUUAUUGCCUAAAAUACAAAUACUGGUUGCUAAGCAACUGAUUAUACAGCAUAGCCAUGUCUAUAUCCAGAUGUGAUGGUUGUCUUACAAUCCUUUUUGUGGAUGUUACUCUUAUUGCCUUUUAGAUCAUAACCAUCUGCUACUCUGGUUUUUAUCCUUUUUGGUGUCAUUCCCUUUGGACAGGCAUAGUUAGAAGUUUCCUCUGUAUUGGCAAAAGAUGGGAAACCCUAUAUAUUAACUAAUUCUGAGCUGUUGCAAUUGCUUAUGGAUAAGUCUCAGUCCUUUGUGAAUCUCAGAUUCAGGCACUAACUCAUGGCUUGUUGGGCCACAUUUAAGGCUAUGACCUGAUAUAUCUUGACUGUUUAUCCAACUUUCAGAAACCAGCUGGGGCAAAGCUGCAGUAUUGCCAUGCAGAAGGUGGCUGUUAAUGCUACCUCUGUUAGCCAUUUAAAGUGUUGCAUAACUACUGUUAUGCUGAUAUAAUAGUGAAAAUGACACCUCAACCAUUUCUGGAUGAAACUUGAAGAUGGUAUAUAGAAUAGAAUAGAAUAGAAUUUUUAUUGGCCAAGUGUGAUUGGACACACAAGGAAUUUGUCUUGGUGCAUAUGCUCUCAGUGUACAUAAAAGAAAAGAUACGUUCAUCAAGGUACAACAUUUACGUUAUAUGUGAUUAAGUAAGAAAAUGGCCUGAACUGUCUUACUUAACACUUUUGAGAUAGAUAGAAAGAUAUAAUGUACAAAAAUGCAAAUAAACUGUUACAGUUUUUUAUUAACAAAAUAGUUGCGCAUUCAUGAAUAAAUCAUGCAAAAGCAGAUUCCAAUGACAAAUGGAAUUUCUCUUUAUUUUCACCUAUCCUGAAUAUCUGCUGCCGAGGCUCCCACAACCAUAUAAGAUAGUGUGUGUAUGCGCAGGAAUAAGAGAAGCAAAUGGCAAGCGUUAACAGUGUGAACUUGUGUAAGGUUAGAUUAGUCCCAGUGUGUUUAUGGUAAUCAGGUUUGAGAAAGUGGUUUGCUACAUUUAAGCAGCAGCCACUGUAGACUAGUGUUAGAACUGAGAUAUAUACCACUGCAUCCUGAUGCUGAAUCCAAUUCAGUCUGCAUAGUAAUGGUAGAGAAAGAUGAUAGGAUUUGGGAAAGCUGCCUGUCAGCUUUCAGCCAGAACUGAUCUCUUUUCUUCACUUUCAAAAAAGACAUAUCAUGGAGGAGCCCUGGUGGUGCAGUGGUUAGAAUGCAUAUUGCAGGCAAACUCUGCCUGCAGUCUGGAAUUCUAUCCUGAUAAGCUCAAGAUUGAGUCAGUCUUCCAUCCUUCUGAGGUCAGUAAAAUGAAGACCCAGAUUGUUGGGGGCAAUAUGCUGACAUUAUAAACCGCCCAGAGAGUGCUGUAAAGCACUAUGGGGUGGUGUAUAAGUCUAAGCACUAUUGCUAUAUCCUUUAAAAUAUUGAUAGUUUCUUAGAAGCAAACUGAACAUAUUUACUCUCCACAAAUGCUGCAUAAACAGGAAUAAGUAGAUAAUCUGUGUGGUUGUUCCUUCAUGCACUGCUCUGGUCUUCCUCCACAACUUCUUUCCAUAACAUAUAGGGCUUUUCCCCAUUGCUGGGUUAGUGCUCUCUACCAUCUCUGAGGCAGCAAAAAUAUAAUAGCAUGACAGGACUGAUCUCCAACCUUCCUUGAUUGCCUUUGUUGAGUCAAAGUUAUUGGUUGAUUCCUUUGCUACCUCCUGCAUGACUCAGCCUGCAGAAGGACAUCCCCUAAUAUAGAACAACAGAGUUGGAAGGGACCUUGGAGAAUUAAUCAACCUCUGUUCAAGCAGAAGAACUUAUACCAUUCUGGACAAAUGCUGAUACAACCUCUUCUUUCAAACUUCUAGUGGUGGACCAUCCACAACUUCUGGAGGCAAGUAAUUAUAGUACUGCAGCAGGAAACAUGGGCAGGGGAGAGGGGAGACUGGGUAGAGGAUUCCAUUCAUCAUCUGUGGACUUCUUCCCUUCCUCCUUUCACUUUAUUUUCUUGUACCAUGAGCUGAAUAGAAAACAUUAAAAACCUAAGAAUCACAAGCAGCACUUUUCCUUAGGAAUUUUUUACUUUUCAAACUUUCUUCCUAUAGGCAACACAUGCUUGCCUGCAGAUUCUUCCAUCCUUUAGUAGUUCCCUAGGCAGGGCAGGGAAGAAUUGGUUAUAUGUACAAUCUUAUUUCAGGCUGUUUCCCAAGAUGUUUCACUACUAUCCUGGUUCAUGCUCUUUGAAUACCUGGGAUUUUCUUAAAUUCUACUCACUCUCUAGAGAGGUAGGAAUAGAAUAGCAGUAGACAAGGCUGGCUAGAGAGGCAGUAGUGUGGCAUGCCCCUGGCAGCCUGGAAUGGGCAAUAAGUGACACUAAGCUUUGCUAUGUAUUACUUGAAUUCAGAGGUGCCACAAAGUAAGAUUUGACCCUCCUUGCAGUGGUCCCUGGAUGCCUAGGAAGGGAGAUGCCAUCACUGCUUCAUCUAAGGACUAUAUUUUUAUGCACGAAAAACAAGAAAAUUGACAGGGCAUCUGCAGUUGGGUAUAUUGCAGUUGAUGCUCAUGGUUAGGCGUUAUAUUUAAACUACAGAAUCCACUAUAGGCUGAUGGCUCUCAGAUUUCUGGGGUAUUAAAAAAGGAAUUCGAUGAAUCUAAAGAGUUUUAGGCUACCAGUAGGGUUUGUUGAGCUGUUUAUUACAUCCAGACAGAAUACUUUUAGGGUUGACCUGAACAAACAUAAUUCUCCCUACAUUUUUAUGUUUUUUCUUAACUUCCUUUCUUCUUGGUCAGAACUUUGUGCCUAGUUUUAUUUUUUGCAAGGAAGCUAUGUACACCCUUUAAAUUAAUAAGCCCAUUUGCUUACUAUAACUCAUCCUGACAUAGAGAUCCAUUACCAACAAUGCUUGCCUGUGAGGCACAGGGUUGUUUGGAGUCCAGGUCCAAUGAGGAAAUUCACAACUUGUCAACAAGGGUGGAAACUGAAUCUCAACUGCCUGGAAGGAGUUGGGGCUGUCUACUUCUAGUAGUGUAUCCAGUGUUGCUGGUAUCAAAAGCACCUUACACUCUGGGAAAGCUUUACAAUUUCAUUUGGUCAAGAAAAUGAUAAGGGAUGAAUUUUAUUUUUAUACCAGGUAAUUAAGAUUCUGUGCAUUUCUAUUUAAGCAAUUUUUAAAGUAUUGUUUGUAUAUUGUUCCUUCAUAAUUUUAUUGGUUAUUUCAAUAUACUUUUAAAUAAAGGUUUAAUAGCAUUUAUGAGAAAAUCUUUAUCUGACUAUAGAUAAAAGCACUUUAUUUCAAAUUGCAUGUGUUUGUGAUCAACUUUAUUUGGUUGUUAUGUUGCUUGGUCAGUUGAUUUUGAAAGAGACAAUACAUUGCCAAAUGCUUCAUCUUUAGGGAACUGAAUCUUAUUAACAUGGUCAUUAAGGAUCCAGAAUGUGCUACUGUUUGCUCUCCUGUCUACAUUUUAAUUUUAAUGAGUGAAUCUCAAAAUAAAGGGACACCCCAGUAUUUCCUUUCAAAAAUUAAAUCAUCUGUUUUAGCUUAGAACAGUCAUUUAUUUUCUGAGCUUUUCUUAAUACAUUUUUUCUCUGGUGGAUAAGUGAGUGUUUUAGAUAUAGUCCAUCAGUGGCAGGAUGAGAAAUCAGUAGUCCUCAAGAUCCUUCUGAAUUACAAUCAUCCACAAUCUCUGUUUACUGGAUUAAAACCUCCAUCUGAGUUGAUGGAAGUCAUAAUCCAAAAACCAUAGGAUAGCAUCCUAUUCUAAUUCUCUACUCCAGUUGAGUAAAAUGAAAAUUAUGGGUCAG